GACCGCACGGUUGUAGUCAGUCUGCGAUCGGCGUUCGUGCUGUCGGUAUCGUCUCCGGUUCGAUCGUUGUUUCAAUGCAGCUAUAGUGAUCGAUCACUUCCUACUUACAUUCCUUCGAAUCUCACAGUGUGGUGAUGUACUUUCCCAUAAAAAUUUCAAUUCAAGUGACUUCGUGAAAAUUCUACAUUCUUUUUCUCGCUCUCUGGAAAGUGUUUCGACGUUUAUAAGAGAUUCUAUCGAGCAAAGAGAAAUUAACAUCGCUCCGAAUCGCGAUAUACGUUUUUAUUAUCUUAUCACGAGUGUAAAAGGAGAGAAGCGGAGAAAAAGGUGCAGUAGACCGCCUUGCGGCGAGAGUUACGCAAUCGUCGCGACCGGCAGGAAUAAUGAAGUCGAAGACGAGCGAGAGUUUUAUAGCGAGUGAAAGUAACGGGGUCAAGAAGGACCAGGAGCAUAAGCAAAAGCAACUGAAGAGAGGUAAAACAUUCUGCCAGUCUUGCAAGAAGAAGUGCAGCGGGGAGGUGCUACGAGUGCAGGACAAGUAUUUCCACAUAGGGUGUUUCAAGUGCGCUCAAUGCAACUCCAGCUUAGCGCAGGGUGGUUUCUUCGCACGCGAGGGCUCUUACUACUGCACCAAGGAUUACAGGGAACGUUGGGGGACCAAGUGCGCAGGUUGUGGGGAAUACGUCGAAGGCGACGUGGUCACCGCAGGUGACAAACACGCCUUCCAUCCUAACUGUUUCCACUGUCAGAGAUGCAGGCAACCUCUGCUGGGCCAAGGGACAAAGGUGUCCCUCGUUCAAGGUCAAGCUCUGUGUCAUCGAUGCGUUGGUAUCCCGGUUCGAGAGGCCUCGACGCCGGUCGGUAAUAAUUCUGCCACCAGAGGAUCCGGAGACGGGCCCUCCGACCCCGGUGCUUGUGCCGGUUGCGGAAACCAAUUACGAGAAGGUCAAGCUUUGGUCGCUCUUGAUCGACAGUGGCACGUAUGGUGCUUCAAGUGCCAUAGCUGCGACACUGUGCUCCAUGGCGAGUACAUGGGAAAAGAUGGGGUGCCUUACUGCGAGAAGGAUUACCAGAAGCAAUUCGGGGUGAAAUGUGCCUACUGCAAUCGUUACAUAAGCGGCAAAGUCUUGCAAGCCGGCGAUAAUCAUCAUUUCCAUCCAACUUGUGCCCGAUGCACCAAAUGCGGCGAUCCAUUCGGCGACGGGGAGGAAAUGUACCUACAAGGUGCAGCCAUAUGGCAUCCUCGCUGCGGACCGGGUCCCAGUGGUCCGAAUGGUAUCGUUAACGGCCACGGUGAAGCUCACACCCCUCAACAUCGAGAAUCCGAACGGAUUUCCAGCAGCGCCUCGGAAAUGCAGUUUUCAUUGCGGUCACGCACGCCAAGCCUGAACGGAUCACUCUGCAGCCCUUACAGCAGCCUCAGUCGCAAGUAUUACCCCGCACGAACCGGCAGUCCUGGACUGAUAUUGCGGGAAUACGGACGCGGACCAUCCGAGGAUGUGUCUAGGAUUUAUACGUACUCGUAUUUGACCGAAACACCCAGCCAAGGAUACUUGAGACGUCCGAUACAGCCUUACGACAAACCUCCGACUAGCCCGCACUUUCAUAGACCUAGCUCGUCACGUUCGAUAAGAAGCAGCGGUGGACGUAGUAGCCGAUCUGGAAUGCGAGCUCUGGUCGAUGCUCUCAGCGAGACCAGACCAAAGUCACCGGCCAGUCAAGUAGAUAAUGACGAGCCAAUAGAGUUGGCGCAUUAUCCGGACGCCAUGAAACCUCCACCCGGAGCCAAGCCACCGAUCGAAAGGGACGAUUUCCCGGCUCCGCCGUAUCCUUAUACCGAUCCAGAAAGACGUAGACGAUGGUCCGACACAUAUAAGGGUGUACCAGCGUCGGACGACGAGGACGAGGUUGACAACAAAACGUAUAUAAAAGAGGUGGAGGAGAAGCUGCAAAAGGAACAGGACGAGUUAAGUAAAAUAGACACUGGUAUAGCGAAGGUGUUCUUGCACGAUCGUGAAAAGGAUCGAGAGAAUUUGAGACACAAGGCUGCUAACGUGGAUCCUAGGAAUGCCUCCAGGACACCAUCAGCUGCUAGGGAACCGACCUACAGACUGCGAUACGAGAGUCCAGUUGGUGCAUCACCAUCUAGGAAUAUAGAUCAUGCCAGACCUUGGGAGGACGACGAUGGUUUCAGUUAUAGAUCGAGCAUAGGGCCAAGUUACAACGUUGGGAGGUCAUCGGCACGUUCCCCGGCUCCCAGAAACUAUCCACCCGUUGGUACUCAACGCGCCUUCACUCUUCCAAACGCCGCUAGGCACUAUCAUUCGGUGAUUGUGAGCUCCCUUCGGCACAUCCCGAAGCCAGGGUACGGUCUGGCACCGCGAAGUCACACCUUCUCCUCGACCGGCGGUUCUGUAUCUGCUCUCCCUGGUGAUUAUUCGUACAGUGGGAUGGGAGACAAGACGCACAGCACUGAUUUCUCGUCUGGCAAAUCAGAUAUAUCAACAGGCAGCAUCACGGAUGUGGAUCGACGGGCAUUGAAUGAUGGUGGGAUGCUGCCAUCGUCCACCACGUAUACAGGUGGGCUAGGUUCGGUAGUCGGAAGCCACGGGGGUCAUCACGUAAGGAGAUCGUUGCCAGAUAUGGGUACAGCACCAUCCGAACCACCGAAACUCUAUCCUUAUCACUUACUUGUCAUCACUAACUACAGGCUGCCAGCCGACGUGGAUCGUUGCAAUCUCGAGCGACACCUUGCCGACGCGGAGUUCGAGGCAGUCCUCCAGUGUACCCGUGCCGAAUUCUACAGACUACCCCAGUGGCGUCGUAACGAAAUCAAAAGACGUGCCCGGCUGUUCUAACCAGCAGCAUAUUCACGUUACGCGUUCUACUUAUCUAUUACCUUCAUCAUGUCGCGACUGUGUUACCGUGCUAUAGAGUGUACAUUCCUUCAGCGUGGUAGGUAUAUCAUGGAAAAGGGAACACGUGUUCAAAGAACCGACGAACCAUGGCGGUUUUCAAACGCGAACAAAUAUCAUCAUGCGAUUGUCGUUGGUCACUGACGUUCACAAUGAUUCAUAGAGAAUCUUCGUGUGACACGACACGCUCGUUUACACAUAUACACACAGAUACACACAUUACACAGGACACGUAUAAAACCGCGGUUCAUUUACAAGAAAAUAGUAAGACAUAUACACAAAUAAGCACUGCCAUUCGUCGUCAAUUUUCUUCUCUCAGCAACGAAUCCACAGGCAGCUUGAUCGUUGAUAAAAAUUCAUAUUAAAUAUUCCUGUGACUUCGGGGCGCCUUGCGGGAGAAUCUUUGCUGUUCAUAAAUGUGUUUUAUUCGUUUACGCGAUUAGCAUAUACAAGAUUUGCUAAAUGAUGAUGAAUAAAAUGAAGGGGAAGGAACAUUUCGUAUCGGAUCGACGAUAGAGUAUAAAAGUUAUCGUUGUUAACGACAAGUGUUUCGAUUGUCAAUGAGAUAGAGUUAAAGGGGAUACAUAUAUCUGUAUAUGUACGUGGAAUCCUAUUUGGUGACCGUUUUAGAGAACGGUUUCUUCGAAGAGAGAAUUCUUCUAGCGUGUAAUUUCAAGUCUAACGACCGUGAAGAGGGGAAAAGAGAACGGGGUAGAUAGGGUAACAUUAUAAGGGUGUAGCUGUCUGAAAUUUUACCAUUUAACGAAAAACCUUUAUCGUGACUUAGAAGCUUACUCGUGGACGCGUCGACGGAGCACGCUAGAGGAAGGGAUAAAAAAGAUAUUUCAAAAGCAAUUAUUAUUAAAGGACAUAUGGUAAUACUCGUAAUGCACGUGCGUUGUUGUAAAUAAAAAAAAAAGAAAGAGUACGUUAUGGUGGAUGAAAGAAGCAGCAACAAAAGUACGGAGAAGUGAGGUAUAUAAAAAAACAAACAUACAUAUAUACAAUUUUUGAGAAUUCGCUUGAAUCACAAGACACACAUACUAUUUGCAAAGGGUUAUAAACACGAAAGCGUUACUAUCAUAGGAGCUAUCAUUAUUAUGAUUUAAGUUUUAACUAUUAUUAUUAUGAUUAUAUUAUUAUUAUAUUUUACUAUAAGGAACAUGAGAAAUUUAUGAUAUAAGUAGAAAGAUCAGCUUGCCGAGUGACGUGAUUAAUGCAUGUAUCAUCGAGUCGUUGACUUUAAACUAUAUUUCUCAAUUUUAACACUCGUUAACAGGCAGUGUGCCUGUUGUUAAAUUAUAAUAUUGAAGCACGUCUGGACAGUUUAUCUGGCUUGUAUCGAAUACACGAAGAACGCUCUGCGGGGCAGGGGAAAUCAUAUCCGUGCUUGAAUUAAAACAUUAGACGGAUUUUAUAAUCAGUCUAUUUCGCGUGGAUGCGUCAGACGGCAAGCUGAAUAUUUGCGGGAGAGAAAGGAAAAGCGUGAAUACAGUUGGAUUUAAUCGAGCUAAUGUUAACACUUUGACAGCCAGCGUUACUUUCUUUAUCUUAUUUAAAUUAAUCAUCUCACAGCACAACUUGAAAUAGUAAUCUGUUGUUAGAUACAAAAGAAAACUUACAAUAGGUUCCACGAUAUGCUCGGCCGUCAAAGUGUUAAGUUUUUACGUGAAAACUAAAAAAAAAAGGACAGAACGAGUCGAGAAACGCGUGUUUCACUCUACACUUCGCCACUUACCCUAAGUCAUGUGCCUAUAUAUGUAAAUGUCAGCGGACAUUUUUUUUUUAACACGAGAAAAGUCGAUAGUUUUCUCUUUGCAAGAGCAUCCGACAAUUUCCUGGAGAGUUUCUCGUCGCUUUCGUUAACGAGAAUAUGGGAACGUGCUCCAUGAUCUUGUGUAUUUGCGAACCUGUUAACGAACAGGCAGAAGAAACUGAUAUGCACAGACGUUUAUGCGUAUUCGUGGCGAGAAAUAAUGAAAGCAGAUAGGACACACAAUUCUUAUCCACGAUAAAUAAUCGUUGCUCGUUUCCUUGUGGUCCGCUUUUGUACACAUUAUCGAAAUCAAUAAACUGCAAUAUUUAUCUUUAA